ACUUCCAGCUUGCAGGGGGGGGAAGGGCCCCGUUCUUGGGGCCAUGAGCCGCCUGGGCUCGGUGCAGCAGAAGGUGCCCUGCCUCUUCGUCACUCAAGUGAAGGAGGAGCCCUCGGCCAAGCGGGAGCGCCAGACUUUUAAAGUGUUGGCCACCAGCUCAAUUAAUAAAAAGGCUUUAGCUGCAGAUAUAUACAGUGCAAUCCCAACAGAAAAGGUGGAUGGAACUUGCUGUUAUAUAACUACAUACAAAGGUCAUCCAUACCUUUGGGCCCGACUUGAUAGAAAACCGAAUAAGCAAGCCGAGAAGAAAUUUAAGCAGUUUAUGUACUCAGCAGAACACUCAAAAGGAUUUACGUGGAAUAUUGAAGAUGAUUUCAGGUCUGUCCCUGAAUGCUGGAUUCCAGCCAAGGACAUAGAAUACUACAAUGGAAAGCCUUUUCCUGAUGAAAACGGACACAUUCCAGGUUGGGUGCCAGUAGAAAAAAACAGCAAACUAUAUUGUUGGCAUUCUUCUGCUGUUGAUUAUGGGUAUGAACUUGCUCUCAUUCUGAAGCAUCAUGCUGAGGAACCUGAUCUUCUAGAAAUCUGUCCAGUACCUUUAAGUGAAUUUACAGAGCAGACCCUGGAACUUAUUGGAACAAAUAUUAAUGCAAAUCCAUAUGGUUUAGGAAACAAGAAACAUCCUAUACACCUUCUUGUGCCACAUGGAACAUUUAAGAUUAAAAAUGCACCAUCAAUAAAUCACAAUGAUAUAUUGGCUUGGCUUGAUGGAUGCAAAGAAGGGAAGAUUGAAGGAAUUGUGUGGCAUUGUCCUGAUGGAAAUUUAAUCAAGCUUCACAGACAUCAUCUUGGCUUGUCCUGGCCAAUUGCGGAUCCUUCUUUGACAUCAAAACCAGUUACUGUCACUUUCAGUAGAGCCAAGUACAACUUUGAACCAAAGACUCUUUUUCAUUAUUUUUCAAAGUUGGAUGGACAAAGAUUUAGUAGUCUUAGAGAUAUAAUAAGUGACUUAUGACCAGGUUUCUUCAGAAAAUACAUUGAAUCAUCUGUAUGUCUGCUUCUUCAUUUAUAAUAAUCUAAAGAUAUUUAAAAUGUUGAACUGUAAUAUAAAUUGUAUUAUGUCUACAUAUCCUUGAUUGUAAAAUUAUAUAUGUAUAUAUGUACAUACAUACACACAUACGUACAUAACUAGAGAAACUUUAGUAGAAAAGCUAUAAAGAAAACUUUAAUGUUUCAGCACUUUUAUUGCUUCAAUCCCUAAAGAUGAAAUACGCAACAUGUUUUUAUUCAAGCAGUGAAAGUUAAGUAUUAGUCUCACAGGUUCUUUUAGUUUUAAACAUACAGAUACCUCAUUUAAAAAAACCUAAUAGUGUAUCUAUUCUUGCUGGUGCUGUAAUAUUUUACUUUAGUAGAUUUUAUGCAAUGAAGGCAUAAAAAAGAAGAAAACUGUUAGAAACUAUAUAACCUUACAGUAAGAUCUUGUGGUAGUUUACAUGCUGCUACCAGCAUUGGACUGAAUAUUAAUCAGUCAUGAAUAGUGCAAGUAAAUCAUUUUAUCUAAAAUACAUAGAAUCAGUCUGAUUCUUUGCUUCCAUGCAUUUUUAUAGAAAGGAACCCCUGCACUAAUUAUGAACAGUUAAAGAACAACUCCCCAUUCCGACAUCUCUUUUAAAAUGUUUAGAUAAGAUUCUUCAUUUAUAAAGAGAUUUUAAUUAUCUUAAAUAACUAUAAUAUUUGUAGUAGAACUUCAUUUACAUUAGGAUCAUGAAUGGAUAUCUGCUUAUGCAGUGACUUAUUCUGCUAUGGCCUGUUUGGAGCUCCUAAAAUCUGAUGUAGAACAUCUCCUAAUUCUCGGAACAGAUACAAGGAAGCACAACUCCAAUCCUGUCAAAACAAAGUAGCAUUUUAUCUUAUUCAAGAAAAUCUAACUAAUGAAAAAUGAUCUUGAAGUUUUAUAAAACUUUUAUUCUCUUUUAUUCAACAUAACAUAACUUUAACAUUUUAAAUUAGGAAUGUAGUAUAUUGUUUUAUUCACAAUUCAUAUAUUAUUCAAACAUAGAAAAAUUAAUAUACUAAUAAAUUAACACAAUUAAAAAACUAACAAUUUUAUAUUAUUAUAAUUCCUUUAAUCUUUCUUACUGUUGUCUUCAAACUUGUGGAAGUACUAAACCAGAUUAAUGAGGUAGGCACUUAAGACUUGAAAGAAACUGUGUAAGAAUACAUACAUAUAGCAGAAAUAACCUGCAUUUUAUUGACUUUAAAAUAAGUGGGGGGGAAAUACCUCACUCAUGAGCAUGCUUGUCUUCCAUGUCAGAUAGUUCAUUUAUCUCUAAAU